CCGUGACAUUCUGAUUGGACAAUUCGCUUUUCCAUCGUCACUGCACCACUUGUUGAAUUUUGCUGUUCCGUCUCGGUUCAAUUUUCACUUUGAUAUUUUCCGGUUAAAUUUCGCGUUUCCCGCCGUAAAAAUAUGCCUAAUCGCUGGGUUAUUGCGGAAAUAAGUUGAGUGAAUAGAAAUUCGUUGUGAAAUCGGCAGUAAUACUAUGAAAUUCAUCGCAUUUACAUAUAUUGCUGUUGUGCGAGCGUGUGUGUGUGAGAUAGUGAAUACGUAAAAAGCCAGCUCGCACUGUGCUAGUACACAUAUAAGUAAAUAUACAUAAAAAAAUAUAAGUAAAAGAAAAUCUACAAGUGUUAACCAAGCCACAAAGGGCGAUCAGAGCUACAAACAUUGCAUAUGAAUAGAUAUAUUCAUAUACAGAAUAUAAUUUGAAAUACCUUAAAUGCUACAAAUGAAUGCCUUGCCUGCUAUAAAGCGAAUGUUUAAGUGAAAAACGCUUUCUGCGAACGCGGUGGGUGUGUUAGCGGCAAGCCAGUUGGAACAUAACCGGGUCGCUUCGGCACAGCAGCUAUGUGGCGAUGACAAACACACAUUCACGGAAUUAUAUUUCUCUAACUAGAUUUGUUGUUUUGUUUAUGUGCCACAUAUUCGUCAUUUGCCGCGUUAUUUUUCCACAUUCUUUCUGCGGUGUUUAUUUUUAAGUGCAAAACAAAGACUACAUUGAUCAAUUGCAUUGUUUUGUUUAGAGAAUCGUCUGUGGCUUACAUGAAAAAAAUGAAAUAGCAAAAGUUGCUAGCUGUGAUCUGUGCGGUAAAUAAAAAUUCAAGAUUCCAAGUGAAAUUACCGUUGUAUAAAUGUAUAAUACUAGGUAGUAAAGUAUUAAAGUGCGAUAAGUACAACGUAAACAUUCCAUUAACAUUCCAAACAAACCGCAAAAACGGAUGGACGUAUUAAAUAACACAUUCCAAUUAAAUUUGAAUUUCCAAAGGCAAGUUUGCAAACUUAGUGCUUUUAGCAACUGCAGCAACAGUUGUUGCCAUAACUUGAGGAAUUCUGUUGCUUGUAAGACACACAAGCGCAAAUACAAACACUAGCAAACAUCUCGUCAACUACAGCAUCGAGUACAACUUCCACUGCUACUAUCAUCCAUUUCCACGCUUUUCCGCCUACCAUUGCUUCUCUCUCAUUUUCUGCGGUUUCGUCGGGGGCACACACACCAACAAACAAGCAAGCAAGCGCUCAUACACUUUUGAAACACAUAUGUGAUAUUUAACGAGACGGUGAAUAAGAGGGAGAAGAAGAAACAGGAUAUUCAAGAGGUGUAAUUUCCACUUGCUUGCGAGACACAGUGUGCUCCAGAUAGUGUCACUAGCGCUCACACCCCUGUUACGCCCACUUUCAACACAAUGGGCGAUAAUAUAAUUGGCUCGGCAAGCUUCUUGCAUUUGGGCGAUAUUGUGUCGCUCUAUGCGGAGGGCAGUGUUUGCGGCUUCCUCAGCACACUCGGCCUGGUCGAUGAUCGCACGGUGGUUUGCCCGGAGGCGGGCGAUUUGAAUUAUCCGCCUAAGAAGUUCAGAGAUUGUCUCAUAAAGGUUUGUCCCAUGAACCGUUAUUCUGCACAAAAGCAAUUCUGGAAAGCCGCCAAGCAGUCUGCCAGCUCCAAUACAGACACGAAUCUCUUGAAGCGUUUGCAUCAUGCUGCGGAAAUCGAAAAGAAACAAAAUGAUACCGAAAACAAGAAGCUGCUGGGUACCGUGGUGCAAUAUGGCAGCGUCGUGCAGCUCCUCCAUCUCAAAUCAAACAAAUAUCUAACCAUGAACAAGCGAUUACCCUCGCUACUUGAGAAAAAUGCGAUGCGAGUCUACUUGGACGCCAAUGGUAAUGAGGGUUCUUGGUUCUACAUAAUGCCUUUCUAUAAGCUACGUUCCGCGGGCGAUAAUGUUGUGGUUGGCGACAAAGUCAUAUUGAAUCCCGUAAAUGCUGAGCAACAAAAUCUACAUGUAGCCUCCAAUUACGAGUUACCGGACAACCCUGGCUGUAAGGAGGUAAAUGUGCUCAAUUCCUCCACCUCAUGGAAGAUCACGCUCUUCAUGGAGCACAAAGAGAAUCAAGAGCACAUACUCAAGGGCGGUGAUGUUGUGCGUUUGUUUCAUGCCGAACAAGAGAAAUUCCUCACCAUGGACGAGUAUAAAAAGCAACAGCAUGUCUUCUUGCGUACGACGGGACGUACAAGCGCGACAGCGGCCACAAGUAGCAAGGCGCUGUGGGAGGUUGAGGUUGUACAACAUGACUCAUGUCGUGGCGGUGCUGGGCACUGGAACUCUUUGUACCGUUUUAAGCAUUUAGCAACCGGUUACUACCUAGCCGCCGAGCUGGAAUCGGUAGUCAGCACGACUUUGGUCCAAUCUUUGGAAGGCAGUGGACUGGACACAUCGCUAAAAGAGUCAGAUAAGAUCAAGUGCGAACGUUAUCGCCUGGUGCCAGUGCCAUAUUCCACUGAAAUCGCAUCGGUAUUCGAAUUAGACCCCACAACGAUGGCGCGCGCCGACAGUCUUGUGCCGCAAUCGAGUUAUGUGCGUUUGCGGCAUUUGUGCUCGAACACUUGGGUGCACGCCACCUCCAUACCCAUUGACAUAGACGAUGACAAGCCGGUGAUGUCAAAGGUCUGUUGUUCGCCCAUCAAAGAGGAUAAAGAAGCCUUCGCCCUCAUACCGGUAUCACCCGUGGAGGUGCGUGAUUUGGACUUUGCAAACGAUGCGUGCAAGGUGUUGGAUACCGUUACAAGCAAGUUGGUGAAUGGCAGCAUAUCCAUAAAUGAGCGACGCGCACUGAUAGCGUUGCUGCAGGAUAUUGUCUUCUUUAUUGCUGGCAUGGAGAAUGAACAGAACAAAGCGAAGGCAUUGGAAUUAACAAUUAAGAGUCCAAUACGAGAUCGCCAAAAACUGCUACGCGAGCAAUAUAUCCUCAAGCAGCUGUUUAAAAUACUGCAGGGUCCAUUCCAGGAGCAUCCGAGCGGUGAAGCGCCUUUUCUGAGACUCGAUGAACUGAGCGAUCCGAAAAAUAGUCCUUACAAGAAUAUAUUCCGAUUAUGCUAUCGCAUACUGCGUCUCUCCCAACAGGACUACCGCAAGAAUCAGGAGUAUAUCGCCAAGCACUUUGGUCUCAUGCAAAAGCAAAUAGGCUAUGAUAUCCUAGCUGAGGACACGAUCACCGCACUGUUGCACAACAAUCGAAAACUACUGGAGAAACACAUAACCGCCGCGGAGAUUGAGACCUUUGUAGGUCUGGUCCGCAAGAAUAUGCACAACUGGGAUUCGCGCUUCCUCGACUACCUUUCCGAUUUGUGUGUUUCGAAUCGGAAAGCGAUAGCUGUGACGCAGGAGCUCAUUUGCAAGAGUGUUCUCAGCUCAAAGAACUCGGAUAUCCUUAUCGAGACACAGAUCAAACAUUUCAAAGCACCUGUGUUCGAUGUGUACCCCAACUCCUCCGCGGAUUCCUAUUCGCUGAGCACAUUAACGGAGGUAUUAGACGACGAGGAGAAGUCCGAUUUGAUCUCUAAUUCAACAACAACGACCAGUUGGGAUACGACAAGUCUGAAUGACGCACCGGAGAUUGAGGAAAAAUAUGAAAUACAUUUGAAAUGGCGCGGUCAACCAAACUCACGUUCCAUGGGCGACUUGGCCGAUUGUGCUGCCCAAGGCAAAGAGGAGGAGGCUGCCAUACUCAAUUACUAUCGCCAUCAAUUGAAUCUCUUUUCGAACAUGUGUUUGAAUCGCCAGUACUUGGCGUUGAACAUUUUAUCUCCGCAUCUGGAUAUCGAUUUGAUACUCAAAUGCAUGUCCGAUGAAACAAUGCCGUAUGAGCUGCGCGCUUCAUUCUGUCGUCUAAUGCUGCAUUUGCAUGUCGAUCGUGAUCCACAAGAACCUGUGACACCGGUUAAGUAUGCGCGUCUCUGGAGCGAAAUACCAUCAAAGAUGUCGAUACUAGACUACGAUGGCAAGAACCAGCAACCAGAUCAUAAUAAAGAAGCUGUGCGCGCUAAAUUCAACACGACAAUCGCCUUUGUAGAAAAUUAUCUCUGCAACGUGGCCACCAAGGUGUGGCUAUUCACCGACCAGGAGCAAAAUAAACUAACGUUUGAGGUGGUAAAAUUGGCACGCGAUCUCAUCUACUUCGGCUUCUACAGCUUUAGCGAUCUGCUGCGCCUGACCAAAACUCUGCUCUGCAUUUUGGAUUGUGUGUCGGAAACUGGCAUGGACGGCGCAAUACCUGGGCGCUUUGUUAAUACGGAUAUGGACUCGCAACCAGAAGAGGAAACGGCGGAAGGCGGCGUUCUUCGUUCCAUCGGUGACAUGAACACGGUUAUGACGUCGCUGGCGCUCGGCUCCGUUGGUCAAGCGAUCGCAUCGCCCGCCUCGCUAGCACUGCAACAUCGCAAGUCCGUUUCCCAGAUGAUGAAGGAGUAUCCCCUGGUCAUGGAUACCAAGUUGAAGAUAAUUGAGAUUCUACAAUUCAUACUGGACGUACGUUUGGAUUAUAGAAUCAGUUGCCUCCUAUCGAUAUUCAAGCGCGAAUUUGAUGAGACCGAGUUAAGCGCAGCCGCGGCAGCAGCAGCAGCAGCAGCUGCGGCGGCCAAUACAACUGGCACAGCCGAUGGUUCGCCCAAUGAUGGCAAUGUGAGUAGUGGCGAGAUAAGUAGCAAGAAUGCGGCGCUGAUGGAGGCUGCGGCGGCAGCUGCUGCUGCGCUAAGUACACGUCAGAAGAAUAUCGAUUUGGAGUCAAUUGGUGUGCAGGCGGAGGACAUUUUCGACUGCGAUAGUGGUGAUGCGUCGAAUUUGGAUUUGGAUGGCCAGGGUGGGCGCACUUUUCUGCGCGUCCUACUCCAUCUCAUCAUGCACGACUAUCCGUCGUUGGUAUCCGGCGCGCUACAUCUGCUCUUCAGACAUUUCAGUCAGCGACAGGAGGUGUUACAGGCUUUCAGACAGGUGCAAUUGCUUGUGUCCGACAGUGAUGUAGAGUCGUAUAAGCAAAUUAAAAAGGACUUGGACAUCCUGCGGCAAAGUGUCGAAAAGUCCGAGCUGUGGGUCUAUAAGCCGAAAACCACAGAUGAGUUUAAUGCUACUGCUGAGCGCUCAUCCGACCCGGCUAUCGAUGUCUCCAACUUGAGUAAUGAAUAUCGUGCUUCAUUGUCAAAUGAGCAGUUAAAUGAGUACAAAAAGGUUAAAGAGAUACUCAUACGUAUGAAUAAGUUUUGCGUCACCACGGGUCCCAACGUCAAACCGCGCAAACACGAACAACGCCUACUCCGCAACGUUGGUGUGCACACAGUUAUUCUCGAUCUACUGCAGAAUCCGUAUGAUGAAAAGGACGAUGUGCUCAUGAAGGAGCUGAUGUGUUUGGCGCAUGAGUUUCUGCAGAAUUUCUGCUUGGGAAAUCAACAGAAUCAAGUGUUGUUGCACAAUCAGUUAGAUUUGUUCCUCAAUCCAGGCAUACUGGAGGCCAAGACCGUCUGCGCAAUCUUUAAGGAUAAUCUCGCGCUUUGCAAUGAGGUGACCGACAAGGUAGUACAACAUUUCGUGCAUUGCAUUGAGAUCCAUGGCCGCCAUGUUGUGUAUUUGCAAUUCCUUCAAACAAUCGUCAAAGCUGAGAACCAAUUCAUUCGUAAAUGUCAGGACAUGGUUAUGCAAGAGCUAAUUAACGCCGGUGAAGAUGUGCUCGUCUUCUACAACGACAAAAGCUCCUUCAAUCAAUUCGUCACCAUGAUGCAGAGUGAAAAGUCACCACUUAGCGACUCGAGUCCGCUGCGCUAUCAUGUGGAGCUUGUUAAGUUGCUCGCCUGUUGUACCAUGGGCAAGAAUGUCUACACAGAAAUUAAAUGCAACAAUUUGCUCUCGCUGGACGAUAUAGUAACGAUUAUUUGUAAUCCUGCUUGCGUGCCGGAGGUGAAGGAAGCCUAUGUUGACUUCCUCAAUCAUUGUUAUAUAGACACCGAGGUGGAGGUUAAGGAGAUUUAUUCUUCGAGUCACAUGUGGAAUUUGUUUGAGAAGUCUUUUCUGGUCGAUAUUAACCAACUGAUUGCCAUCGGCGCCAACGCCGAUAAGACACUGCUUAAUUAUGUGUUGAGUGGUGUGACGAAUGUGUUGAAUACCUUCUUCUCCAGCCCCUUCUCCGAUCAGAGCACCAUCGUGCAAACGCGUCAGAUGAUUUUCGUUCAGAUACUGCAAGCCACCUAUCGCUUAACACAGUGUAAGUGGCUGUCACUGGCCGAUCGCUUUAAUGUCGAGAACUGCGUUCGUACGUUGGCUGAGUCGGCGAAGACGCGUAACAUUGCGAUUCCGCUCGACUUGGAGCAACAGGUGGUGUCGAUGUCUAGCAAAACAGCCUUGCUAACGCGUCAGACCACCAAAUGGCUUUUGGCCUCGAAGCAGCCAAAGUAUGAGACGCAGCUCUCGGCAAAUUUAAUGCGUUUAGACCGUUCGAUCAUAGAGGGCUUGCAAGAUAUUGUGUCGCUGUUGGAAGAUCAGCUGAAGCCGGUGGUGGAGGCGGAGUUGUCGUUGUUGGUCGACAUUCUGUACAGAUCGGAGUUACUUUUUCCGCCCGGCACCGAGGCCCGCAAAAGUUGCGAAAGCGGCGGUUUUAUUAGAAAGCUAAUCAAACACACUGAGAAGCUGCUGGAGGAGAAGGAAGAAAAACUAUGUGUAAAGGUGUUGCGUACUCUGCGCGAAAUGAUGGCAAUCGAUGUGAAUUAUGGCGACAAAGGAGAUGCGCUGCGCAACACUCUGCUAAUGCGGUACUUUGAUCGGAAGGGGGGCGGCGGAAGCGGUAUAAUUAUAAGCGGUGUUAGCGGAGGUGGCGCUAGUGGUAUAAUGGUUGGAAGCGUAGCCGAUAGCGGUGGAAUCGGUGGGAUGGGGCAAAAGACAAUUGAAGGCAAGUUAGAUGGUACUGAUGCUAGUCUACUAGAGCAACAGAAACGUGUUCAUCUCGUAACUCACGGCCCGGGUGCCAAGUAUCUCCAGCGAGCUGGUAAAACCUUACAUGAAGUACAAAAUCAUUUGGAUCGUGAAGGCGCCUCUGACUUGGUCAUUGAACUCGUUAUAAAGUCCGUACACUCUCCCUCAAUUUUCGUGGAAGCGGUUGAACUGGGCAUUGCUCUACUCGAAGGCGGCAACCCUAUCAUACAAAAGGGAAUGUAUCAAAAAUUUCUCAGUGGCGACUUCAAUCAAGCAUUCUACAAAGUUUUCUUCGAGAAAAUGAAGGACUCCCAACAGGAAAUAAAGUCAACUGUGACGGUUAACACCUCAGAUAUUGCGGCCAAGGCUCACGAAAGCAAGCAGGAUGUUAAUUUGGAGCUGGAUAAAAUUGCUCGUAAGCAUGGCGUCAAAAGUAAUGGCGUUGUCAUCACCGAUGAGCUAAAGAAGGAAUUGCACAAUGCGGGUCUUGCAACAGCUCGCGCUUACGGCAAUGCACGAAGCAUUCAUCCGGGCGAUGAAAACUCUGCCAUUAGCAUUAAUAGCCCAUUAGAAGACAUACUCGCCGAGAAGCUGGAGAAGAACAAAGACAGCAAGGACGAUCGCAAUAAGAUUUCGAAUAAAGUGUUGGUGAUGCAACCCAUUCUGCGUUUCCUGCAGUUACUCUGCGAGAAUCAUAAUCCCGAUCUGCAGAAUUUACUUCGCAAUCAAAACAACAAAACCAACUAUAACCUCGUCUCCGAAACCCUAAUGUUUCUGGAUUGUAUUUGUGGUUCAACGACAGGUGGGUUGGGCUUACUGGGACUAUACAUUAACGAAAACAAUGUCGCACUCAUCAACCAAACUUUGGAAACACUAACCGAAUACUGUCAGGGACCCUGUCAUGAAAAUCAAAAUUGCAUAGCGACACAUGAGUCCAACGGUCUAGACAUUAUAACAGCACUAAUACUUAACAAUAUCAAUCCUCUCGGUGAAAACCGCAUGGAUCUCGUCUUGGAGCUUAAGAACAACGCCUCCAAACUGUUGUUGGCCAUUAUGGAAAGCCGAGGCGACAGUGAGAACGCCGAACGUAUUUUAUACAAUAUGAAUCCGAAACAACUAGUAGAGGUAGCCUGUAAGGCCUACCACCAGGAGGAGAUGAUCGACGAGAAUGAUGAUCAUGAUGGCGGCGACGCCGAAGCGGAUGACGAGGUUUCGGUGAGUCCACGUGAAGUGGGCCACAACAUUUACAUUCUUUGUCACCAGUUGGCGCAGCACAACAAGGAGCUGGCGGCGCUGCUAAAGGCGUGUGAAGAUCCACAAGCAACCAACUUUGAUGCGAAAAUGAGCCAGGCGUUAAUGUAUUAUGCGACGCACACAGCACAAAUUGAGAUCGUACGUAACGACCGUACUUUGGAGCAAAUCGUUUUUCCGAUACCCGAAAUAUGCGAAUACUUGACGACAGACACGAAAAUCAAAAUACUGAACACAGCUGAACGCGAUGAUCAGGGCUCGAAGGUGGCGGACUUCUUUGACAAGGCCGAGGAGAUGUUCAAUGAAAUGAAGUGGCAAAAGAAGUUGAGAGGACAACCGUUCCUUUUUUGGGUCAGCAGUUAUAUGUCACUAUGGAGCAAUAUUCUUUUCAAUUGUGUGGUUGUCAUUAAUCUGAUUGUGGCAUUCUUCUAUCCUUUCGAUAAUACGGUACCGGAGCUCAGUUCCCAUAUUUCUUUACUCUUCUGGGCCAUUCUGCUAUUCUCACUGGCUAUUGUUGUGACGCUUCCACGUGAAUCAGGCAUUCGUACUUUAAUCGGCUCGGUGAUUUUACGUUCCAUCUUUCUAAUUGGUCCAGAGUCGACGCUCUGCCUGUUGGGAGUUGUGACGGUGACGUUAAAGAGCGUGCAUAUCGUGAGUAUCAUGGGCAAUAACGGCACACUGGAGAAGAAUUUCUUCAAGAUAAUCACAGACAUGCAACUACUCUAUCACUGCAUAUACAUGUUCUUCUGCUUUUGUGGACUGAUCUUCCAUCCCUUCUUCUACUCGCUACUGUUGUUUGACGUUGUAUAUCGCGAAGAAACUCUGGUGAAUGUCAUACGCUCCGUCACACGCAACGGGCGCUCGAUCGUUUUAACAGCAGUCCUAGCUCUUAUUUUGGUUUACCUAUUCUCCAUCAUUGGUUAUAUGUUCUUUAAGGACGACUUCCUUGUCGAGGUGGAUGCUGAUGACGGGCAGGCGAGUUCAACGCCGCCAUCACUGCCAGAUAUUACCAUAUCGAUGGCAGCAAAUAACGCGGAGAACACUUGUAGCGCGCCAGAUGCCUUUAACAAAGGAGUAUUUUGCGCCGGAGGCGGCAAUGGUGGUGGCGAUGCUAGUCCUACUGCCACCGCUGCCAAUGGCGGUUGCGGCGGCGGCGGCGGCGGCGCCGAUGCAAAGGAACGUUCUUGUGACUCUUUAGUUAUGUGUAUUGUGACCACAUUAAACCAGGGUCUGCGAAAUGGUGGCGGUAUUGGCGAUAUACUACGCGCGCCGUCCAGCAAGGAAAGUCUAUUCGCCGCACGUGUCAUUUACGAUUUGCUCUUCUUCUUCAUCGUCAUCAUUAUCGUGUUGAACUUGAUUUUUGGUGUCAUCAUCGACACCUUUGCCGAUUUGAGAAGUGAGAAGCAGCAAAAGGAGCUCAUCCUUAAGAACACCUGCUUUGUGUGCGGCCUUAAUCGCUCGGCGUUUGAUAACAAAACCGUCAGCUUUGAAGAGCACAUCAAAAGCGAACACAAUAUGUGGCAUUAUUUGUACUUUAUCGUGUUGGUGAAAGUGAAGGAUCCCACUGAGUUCACUGGACCCGAGAGUUACGUAUACGCCAUGGUGAAAGCAGGCAUAUUGGACUGGUUCCCACGCCUACGCGCCAUGUCGCUGGCCGCUGUCGAUGCCGACGGUGAGCAAAUCGAGUUGCGCAGCAUGCGGGAUCAGGUAUUCGAGUUGCAGUUACUCAUAACGGGCUUGUCACAACAGUUGCACGAACUGAAGGAUCACAUGACCGAACAGCGCAAACAAAAGCAACGCUUGGGAUUACUUAACACAGCGCCAAGCAAUCUAUUGGCUUGCUAUCAAAUACGCGAUGCGAAUAGCUUGUCCUGAAAUGUGCCAGCAGCAGUUAGCGGAAUAUGAGCCAAGCAAUAAUAAAGUGUUAACGAGUUAAGCAAUAACAAAGUGUUAACGAGUUAAGCAAUAACAAAGUGGAAAUGUUAAUGUAGCAUUUGACAAGGUUUCUCAUUUUAUUUUUAUUCUUAUAUUUUUAAUUCAUUUAAUAACUCUAGUUCGGUAAUAAUAGUGGCAGUUAGUGCAGCUGUAUAGAAUGCGUGGAGCAUUAAAUCAAAUUUCGGAUAUAAUUUAGCUCGGAAACAGAAAACUAUUUGAAAAAUAUAAAAAAAAAAAAAUAAUUGUAUGUCAUAAUAAGUAUGUAUGUUAACUUAGUGCAAAGUUGUAUCUAUUUCAUUUACACCAAAACAUACAAAAUUGCAUAUUACCUCCUCGAAUCAUAGAUAUACGAGUAUACGAACGAAUACGAAUCAUACAACUGCACUAUAUUUAAGUAAACUGUUUUCAAAUUUAUAUCCACUGCGCCUAAAAAAUUUAAAAUUAAAUUUGUAUAAUACUAUAGUAGUUAUCUAUUUUCUUCAAUUGCUUACUUACUCUCUUCUGUCUCGAACCUAUUGUGGGAAUUAUUUAUAUUUGCUCGAUUACUCUUUCUGGCACUUUUGUGACUUUCUACCUACAUAUACUUUAUAUUUUAUAUACGAACUUUGACCUACACAUUUUCUUGCAUAUUAACCUUCACAUUACAUACAAACAUAUGCAAUACAAAUAGACAUACAUUCGUACAUUUGCUGAGUUAUAAACUAUUUACAAAUAAGCCAAUAAUAUUUACUAAAAACAUGAUGUACUACCAAUAAUAUACAAUCUCAACACUAAUAUAAUCAAAUAUAUAUGUAAAUACUUUAAGGUGAAAACUCUCUACAAAAUGUGAUCUUUUCGAUUUUUACUUAAAUUUUUCAACUAUCACACUACGUGUCCUUUCCACUCUCUACUCAAGUGUAUUCAAACUAACAGCUGUGGUUUCUAUUGUACUUUUUAUUUUAUUUACAUACAUUUCUAACUAAAUACAAUACAA